AUUCCUUUCAGAUUUUUGGACUUUCCAAAUCAAAUGCCCCACUACUGUGUUUUGACCUUGCGUAGGCUGCGUAGCUUGGUCCCUGACAUGUGCAGAGAUGUCCGAAGCCAAAACUGUAUGGAGGGUGUUCUCGAUCAUUCUUGGACUUGCCGACCUUUGGGGUCUGUAUGUCAUUUGCGCAAGCAUCACGGAUAUCAAAUUGUCACGAGACUGCUUUUGGCUCGCUCUAUGUCCUGAACCAGACGUCCAACGCUGCAUGCCACUACGACAGCGAGAUGGAGAGCUAGAGGAAAGACUUGUAUUUGACCUACGGUGAU